AUGGGUGGAGUAGAAACAUUCUGCUGUUGUAAUCAAGAAACCAACCUAGAAAAACGUGAUGCAAAACAUCGUUGUAAUAACGUAACGUGUAUGUGGAGCAGUUCAUCCUCCAACAGAUUUGUGGUUAAAAAAGCACCACCAACUAUUCGAUAUAUUCCAAAUUUUAUCACUGAGGAAGAAGAAAAGUUUCUUCUUUCCAAAGUAUAUUCAGUUCCGAAACCGAAAUGGCAGCAACUUCUGAACAGACGCCUACAGAAUUGGGGUGGCAUUGUAAGCAAGGAAGUUCUGAUUCCGGAUGGCGCUAUUCCUUCGGUACAUUUCAGUGCAUUUAUUGGAAUUGUUGGUGUAUUAGACUGCGGUUUAAAAAAAAAUUCCUUGCACAUGUGGUGGAUUGUCUCUGGGCAUUCUCCGAUAUUAACUGUACCAAAGAUUCCGUGGCUUAACUCCGUUAUCGACAAGCUAAUGACACUUGGUGAUACAUUUCCUCCCAAUAGGCGUCCAAAUCACGUGUUGAUUAACGAAUAUCUUCCUGGACAAGGCAUCAUGGCACACACGGAUGGUCCUGCUUUCUAUCCUAUGGUUACUACAAUUUCGUUAGGUAGUGACACAAUUAUUGAUUAUUAUAAACCUAUAGAUCCAGAGCGAAAUAAUGUCAAGCAAAAACGUUAUGUUGGUUCUGUAUUACUUGAGCGACGUAGCUUAAUCCUUGUUAGUGAUGAUGCAUAUACAAAAUAUUUGCAUGAAAUUGCGGAUCGAACGUUUGAUGUUAUCACAAGUGAUAUUUUUAACCUUGAAAGUACCAACAAGCGUAUCGGAAAAGUCGUGACUCGUGACCUCAGGUUAGGUGUCUGUUUUCCGGAGAAACAGAAGACAAGUGGUGGGGAGAAGAUGAGCGGUCAUUUUGAAAAUUCAGUUGGGGUGGCAAGAUUGAUGGUUUUAGUAAUGGUUAACGGUUCAAUAGCUCCGUAA